AAUUGCGUUUUAUUAGGAUUAUUCUUCUACAAAUCCCUUUUCAGUUAUUACAAGCAAAGCAAUGUAAUGUUGUAUAGUGUUGCACAUAAUUGAUCGGCUCUUCGGUCUCUAGAAAUUUAAAACUUUCUUAAAAUAUCGUGGUCACGACUAACCGUCGGACGUAGAUACAUAGCUGUAUCUACGUCCGCACGUAUCGUUGCAUAUUUAAAGUGAACAAUUCGCGAUGCAUUACCAGCGCAGAAAAGAGAGGGGAAAAAAGAACUUCACCUGUCUUUCCGUUUCUUACAUUAAAUUCAUGAAAAACCACGACGAAAUGUAUUCAGGGUCUUCGCUCGGCACAAUAGAAAUAUUUAAUGAGCAACUGCAAUUGCGAUCAAUUGCCGAAGGUUGAACCUACUGAUUUCUUAGAGUUUUCUUACAUUUUUUUUUCUUUUUUUUUUCACGAAGGUAUUCACGCUAUAAUACACGUAGAACUGUCAUCGAAACGCACGCGCGUUUGGUCAGAACGUAUAUUUCUUUUAUCUAUAGAGAGUUUUUAUUCUUUUACGUACAUCUCAAUGGAUUCGCCUGUGUGCACACGAGAGAACAGAGAGAAAUAAGAAAUUAUGGCUCGUAAAAAUACGUUUAACCGCACGUUGAAGUUUAUGCUCACUCUGUGCGGUAUCUGGCCAGGCACACCGUAUGUUCUGCUUUGCAGAAUAUUUUGGGUCGUUUCAAUGACAGUUAUUCUGUACUUUCACUACCGUUAUUUCUACUGGCAUGUGCGCUCUGCCGAAAUCUUGGAUUUAAUGGAUUGUCUGUCGAGCUUCAUUGCAUAUUCCAAAAUAAUUAUCAAGUUCUUCGUGUUUUGGUUGAACGAACGAAAAUUCGUCGAAAUUUUGGCAAAGAUGGCGGAAGAUUGGAGCGAUUGCGCUAAUAAUGAUGUCGGCCUGCGCGAGACUGCACGCAAAGCGAAAUUGUCGGAUCGCAUUACAAAUUCGAUUGUCAUCCUCCAUACGAUGACAAUUGUUUUAUAUUGCAUCGGUAUCAUCCUGACCGAUGUCGAUGUCACGGAUACUUCAAAAGAGUUGCCUUUCAUGAACAAGCUGGAUAUUCCUAUGGACAUAAACACGCUAUUCAAGUACAGAAUCGUUUUAACCGUGCAAUUUUUGUAUAUGAUGCUUUCCUCGUGGGCGGCCGGUAUAACAAAUUCUUUACUAUUGACAUUGAUUUUACAUACGGCUGGCCAAAUCGAGAUUAUGCGUCAUUGGCUGGCGCAGCUUGUGCCUCGUAAGAGCGAGGACAAACACAAAUCAAUCACUGCGACUGCAAGUAAAAUUAUUCAAAAACAUCAAAAAAUUAUCAGUUUCACGAAAAAUAUUGAAAAUCUUUAUUCGUAUAUCGCGUUGCUUCAAUUUGUGUCAAACACGAUAAUGAUAUGUUCUCUCGGCUUCCUUAUCGUUACAGCAAUAGGCAGCUCCAAUGCGGUAGAGCAAAUAAUGAAAUCAUUUCUAUUUUACACUAUAACUAAUCUCGAAGCAUUUAUAUUUUGCUAUGCUGGAGAAUAUUUGAACAACAAGAGCAAAGAAAUUGGUGUCGCGGCAUAUAACUGCGAAUGGUACGAUUUAAAAUGUACAGAAAGUCGUGUAUUGUUAUUUAUCAUACUAAGAUCGCAGAAGCAAUUAUCACUUACAGUAGGAAAGAUGAUGGAUCUCUCCUUAGAAGCAUUUACAAGUGCGCAUAUGCAUUCUAUUACAAUUGGAGACUUCAUAGACUGCCUGUCCAGUUUUAUAGCACAUUGCAAGGUGCUUUUUAAGUGCCUUGUGUUUUGGUUAAAUCAACGAAAAUUCAUCGAAGUCUUGGAAGUGAUGCGAGAGGAUUGGAGUGAUUGUGCUAAUAACGAUAUCUGCAUGCGCGAGACAGUGAGGAAAGCAAAAGUAUCGGAACGUGUUACAAAAGUGAUGAUGAUCCUUCACACGACAACGAUUGUUACAUAUUCCAUCGGUACCAUCCUGGCCGAUAUCGAUGUCACCAAUAACACGACGGAAUUACUUUUCUACACUAAGGUUGAAUUUCCCUUCGACGUAAACACGCAACGCACAUAUAGAUUUAUUUUAGCGAUAGAUUUCUUCUUUUUGCUCAUGUGUUCCUGGUGUGCUGGUAUAAUGAAUACUUUGUUAUUAAUUCUGAUUAUGACUCGUAAAAGCACGAUUAAUCGCAUAGCGUUUCUCAUGCUUCCCUGGUUCGGUAUUAGCUCGGGCAGAUUAAUCAUUUUAAUUACCAGAUUGUUUUGGAUUGUUACAACGGCAUUCGUCGAAUAUUGUCAUUACCUCUAUUUUUCAACGCAUCUGAAUUCGGAGAAUUUUUUCAACUUGGUGGAUUGCUUCUGCAGUUUCUUGGCACACGCAAAAGUAAUCACUAAACUCGUUGCAUUCUGGGUGAACCAACGAAAAUUCGAGGAGACUUUGGCGUUAAUUACGGACGACUGGAGUGAUUACGCUAAGAAUGAUAUCGGUAUGCGCGUAAUGACAGGCAAGGCAAAAGUGUCGGAUCGCAUCACUUACAUUAUACUUAUUCUCCAUACGAUGACUAUUGUUUUGUAUUCCAUGGGAAUCAUUAUCGCUGAUGCCGAUGUUACCGAGACGAUCGAACUGCCUUUUAUCAACAAAUUAGUGCUUCCCUUCAGUAUUAAUACGCAGCAUAUGUAUAGAUUUGUGUUAAUCGCGGAAUUUAUACACAUGAUGCUUAGCAAUUUUGUAGCUGGCGUCUACAACGCCAUACUUUUGGCUAUGGUUUUUCAUACAGGUGGCCAAAUAGAUAUUCUGCAAUGCUGGUUGGCACAGCUUCAACCCAAAAAUAUCGAAAAUAAGCAAAAAUCAAUCGUCGUCAUGGCAAAUAAGAUUGUCCUGAAGCAUCAAAAAAUUAUUGAGUUUUCAGAAAAUAUUGAGAGCCUGUAUACGUAUCUCGCAAUGCUGUUAUUCGCAUUAAACACAUUAUUAAUUUGCACGAUAGCCUUUAUUAUUGUAACUGCGCUUGGUACUGCUGAUGCUAUGGAGCAGAUUAUAAAAUGUAUUUUAUUCUUCACGAUAACGAAUCUAGAGGCAUUUGUAUUUUGUUACGCCGGAGAAUAUCUAAGCAAUAAGAGCAGGGAAGUUGGAUUUGCAACGUAUAAUUGUGAAUGGUACAAUUUAAAGUCCAAAGAUAGUCAAAUUUUGUUAUUCAUAAUAUUAAGAUCUCAAAAACAAUUGACGCUAACAGCUGGGAAGAUAAUGGAUCUCACUUUACAAUCCUUCGCAAGUAUUAUGAAUGCUUCGGGAUCCUACCUAUCAAUGUUGCUGGCGAUGCAAUAAAACAUCACGUUCAUCUCGAUAACUUUUAAUCAGUAGUCGUGAAGCGUGUACAGAGACGACAUACGUGUAAAUAUGCCUUCACUAAUUACAGUACACACAUUGUAUUGUGUAUUUUUUUUCGAAUAUAUGCUCUAUACAGUAAAUGUAAUUUACGUGAAAUAUGAUAUGAAGUUAUAGUAAAUCAUAGCGUCCUUUAUAAAACUGUAACGCCAUA